AUGACUAGAUAUGUUAGUGUAUCUUAUGAAAUAUUCGGUAGAGUACAAGGAGUAUGGUUUCGGAAAUACACAAAGGACAAAGCGAUUGAAUUAAACCUUGUCGGUUAUGUAAAAAACACAGAAAGAGGUACAGUAAGUGGUAUCGCACAAGGUGAAAGAGAAAAAAUCGAAUGUUUGUAA